AUGUCGUCGACGACUCAACCGGGCAUGUUCCAAUGUGGUUCAUGCAAGAAGAAUUAUAAGCGUCUUGAUCAUCUAGCUCGUCACGUGCGCUCCCAUACACAGACCAAACCUUACAAGUGCCAUGUCUGUCCAAAAGCCUUCACCAGACCUGACCUCCUCAAGAGACAUGUCUCUGGUCACGGUUCACAAGCUGGGGAAGGUUCAGUGUCUGAUCAACCCCGGUUCAUGCCAGGAAGGGUAGGCAAGGCUUGUAAAGCCUGUUCGUCGAAUCAUCUACGGUGUAGCGAUGAGAAACCCUGUCGGAGGUGCCAAGAAAAGGGCAUUGAGUGCAAGUGGAAUGAUCCAAUGGAGAUGGACGCAGACUAUGCCUCGCCUGAGGACCAACAGCAGAAUGAGUCUAUGUUUUCAAAUGAAUCCAUGACAGGGUUUGGAGAACAAACAAGUAUUUCGAAUUCUGGUUCGUCAGUGAUGGGUCAGCCGUCUUUGGAUAUCUUGACGCCUCAAACAACUCAAAGCCUUUUCCAAAAUCUUGACCCAUCCUUGAAUCCACCGACAGACCCUCUAUCCUUCCAAUUUCCAGACCUCAACCUCCUCUCUGGUACCUGGGCCUCUACCACCAACGAUGUAGAGAUGUUCUCCUACAAUGAGCUCGACGACAUUGACCUACGAUUCCUCGACUCUUAUAAUGCAACCAUUCCCUUCGAGAUACGGAGUAUUCAGCCAACACCACGAGGAGCUCAGACACCACGCGCUGCGUCACAUACCGAUCCGGGUGAGCCAGCCGCCAUGUGUACCGAAGCAUUCCAGAACUCGCAUUGGAAGUUUAGACCCAACGCAAAGGAUCAUGCAGGCGCCGAAGAACACAACCUUUCUCUUCCUGCUACCGACUCCGCGUAUCCUUCUCCCGAGUCUGGUGUCGCGUUGGAUUUGAACACGAGGGUCACUUGUGCCAAGCUGGAAGGACCUGCACGAGAUCGGAUUCUGAUGAUGGUUGUGAGUAGUUGUCGGUCAGAUCAUCUCUCCAAAGCAGUUGCAUCAUUUCCGUCCGCCGAGUUAUUAGACACUCUGCUUCAGUUCUACUUGACCUCUUCCGUCACACACGCCACAGCUUUCAUCCAUGCCGCUUCCUUCAACCCGAACGAAAAGAGACCUGAGCUGGUUGCCGCCAUGGCCGCUUGUGGUGCUGUCUUGACUUCCGACCCAGCUUUGUCAAAGCUUGGUUAUGCUAUACAAGAAUGCCUCCGGGUUGCUGUAGCCAAACAUUGGGAACGCGACAACACUCUCGUCCGAGACCUCCAACUCACCCAAGCCUUUCUCAUCAUCCUGGAAAUGGGGAUUUGGAGCGGUCUACCCAGGAAGGUCGAAAUCGCAGAAAGCUUCUUUAAUCCUGUUUUGACCAUGAUGCGCCGUGAUGGAAAAUUCAAAAGGUCUGCCUACUCUGAUCACAAAUCUGUCGCCCGUGCUUCGCGUCAAGAUUGGCUGGACUGGAUACAGCAUGAAUCAUUCAAGCGGCUUGCCCUACGAAUGCUCUCCCACGAUGCAAACUCUUCCAUGGCGUUGAUGGUCGGCCCCUUAGUCUCGUACGCAGAGGUUCUACUGCCUUUGCCGGGAAAUGCAGAAUUGUGGACUGCUUCGUCUCCAGAGCAGUGGAGUUCCCUGAUGGCUUCGCGUGUCGACAGCGAACCACUUUACGUCGCAGAUGUCAUUGAUGAUCCCGACGUUUUGAACAACUAUGCGGGCUCGGUAGAUGCUUACGCUGCGAUUCUCGCCGUCCUUGCGUGUACUUGGACCAUGUGUUGGGAAUACCUCCAAAUAGCAUCCCUUCAAAGAUCCAAACCACGCCGAUGGAACACUCUUGUGACAGAGAUGCGGAAAGACGAGUUACUGAAACUGACUGGCCACUUGAAAUUGAGUUUGUCAGCGGAUGCCGCCGCAGACCCCGAGAUCAAAAUGCGCCUCGAACUCACGCUCUUGCAUUUACAGAUGCCAUUCGAAGAUAUUCAAAUAUUCGCUGGCAUGGAAGGUCCUGAACGCGCACGCGCAGUCUACCCAAUGGUUCGAGAUUGGGCUAAAAGUGAAGCUGCUCGGCACACAAUCUACCACGCGGCUCAAAUUGUACAAAUCGCCAAAGAAUCACCGAAAGGCUCCAUGCGCGGACCCAUGGCCAUUAUACUCUACCACGCCAGCUUGGCCUUUUGGGUUUACGGUUUGUUGUCUGACCAGUCGCGCGCACUCAGCCAAAACGUGUAUCUCGACGACGUGGACAGUCUCGCAUUGCAACGAUUCAAGGGGUUUGGUCAAGGACAGCCCUGUAUUCGAUGGCAUUCCGAGAUUGAAGGACAAGGUGAAAUAAUGAUGAGUGUAUCGCUGAGUCAACCUAAUAAAGUCAUGGAAGCUGUAAUGGGCGUUGUGAGGAAAAACUUUGCGGGGUUGCCAACACCACACCUCACAGAAAAAUUGGUACAGCUUAUGGGGGAAUUGGAGAAUUCUGCAAAGAGAAAGAUGGAUGCUUGA